AUACUAGAACGCUUUCAUCAGACUACCCAACCAGGUCUGGAAGGAAUGAAGGAUGAUAACGGUAUAUAAUUUUUGAAGGAUCCAAAACUGGAGUGAAGCGCAGAGAAACGGAACCCUCGAUUCAGAUCUAUCUUCGCCCUCUGGAAUUUCUACUCGAUUUCCUCAAAGUCGGAUCUCCACAAUUCUCUCGGGCGAGGUGGUUCAUUAACCAGCAAUGGACAAGUCCAGCGCUUUGGAAUACAUCAACCAGAUGUUCCCUACAGAGGCAUCUUUAUCUGGUGUUGAGCCACUUAUGCAAAAGAUACAUAGUGAGAUUCGUCGUGUGGAUGCUGGAAUAUUAGCAGCUGUUCGCCAACAGAGUAAUUCAGGAACCAAAGCAAAGGAAGAUCUUGCUGCUGCAACGCAUGCUGUGGAGGAGCUCAUGUAUAAGAUUCGAGAAAUUAAAACUAAAGCUGAGCAAAGUGAAACAAUGGUUCAGGAAAUAUGUCGUGACAUUAAGAAGCUGGAUUUUGCAAAAAAGCAUAUAACAACUACAAUUACUGCUCUUCAUCGUCUUACCAUGUUAGUGUCUGCUGUUGAGCAACUUCAAGUAAUGGCUUCAAAACGACAAUAUAAGGAAGCAGCUGCUCAGCUAGAGGCUGUAAACCAAUUGUGUAGCCACUUUGAAGCCUAUAGGGAUGUUCCAAAGAUCACAGAGCUGAGGGAGAAAUUCAAGAACAUAAAACAAAUACUUAAGUCUCAUGUAUUCUCUGAUUUUUCUAGCUUAGGUACUGGGAAAGAGACAGAAGAAACAAAUUUACUCCAGCAGUUAUCUGAUGCUUGCUUAGUUGUUGAUGCUUUGGAACCAUCUGUGAGGGAAGAUUUGGUAAAGAAUUUUUGCAGCAGGGAGCUUACUUCAUACCGGCAGAUCUUUGAAGGAGCUGAACUGGCAAAGUUGGAUAAAGCUGAACGGAGGUAUGCAUGGAUCAAACGUCGAUUAAGAACAAAUGAGGAGAUCUGGAAAAUUUUUCCUCCUUCAUGGCAUGUUGCUUAUUUGCUCUGUAUCCAGUUCUGUAAGAUGACAAGGACUCAACUUGUGGAGAUCCUUGAUAAUUUAAAAGAGAAGCCAGAUGUUGGCACAUUAUUGUUGGCGCUACAGAGAACUCUGGAAUUUGAGGAAGAAUUAGCAGAGAAAUUUGGGGGAGACACUCGAAGAAAGGACAUUGGUAAUGAUAUUGAAGAAGUUGAUAGAGGGGAAAAUAAAAGUCAAACUGUAUCAGAUAUCCGAAAGAAGUAUGAGAAAAAGCUUGCAGCAAAUCAAGGAAGCGGGACUGAAGAAAAGGAUGGAAAUAAGGAUUUAUCCGUGCCUGGAGCUGGGUUUAACUUCCGUGGAAUUAUUUCGUCUUGCUUUGAACCUCACUUGACAGUAUAUGUAGAGCUAGAAGAGAAGACACUAAUGGAGAAUUUGGAGAAACUUGUCCAGGAGGAAACAUGGGAUAUCGAGGAGGGAAGCCAGACCAAUGUCUUAUCCAGUAGUGUACAGGUUUUUCUCAUAAUUAGAAGAAGUUUAAAGAGGUGCAGUGCUUUGACAAAGAACCAGACGUUAUUUAAUUUGUUUAAGGUUUUCCAAAGAAUUCUCAAAGCGUAUGCAACAAAGCUUUUUGCAAGAUUACCUAAAGGUGGUACAGGCAUUGUUGCAGCGGCCACGGGUAUGGACGGACAGAUAAAGACAUCUGACAGGGAUGAAAGAGUGAUUUGUUAUAUUGUUAAUACCGCUGAGUACUGCCAUAAAACGUCUGGUGAAUUGGCUGAAAAUGUAUCUAAAAUAAUUGAUUCCCAAUUAUCAGAUGCAGUGGAUAUGUCAGAAGUACAGGAUGAAUUCUCUGCGGUUAUAACAAAAGCAUUGAUAACCCUGGUGCAUGGUUUGGAAACAAAAUUUGAUGCUGAGAUGGCUGCAAUGACACGUGUACCAUGGGGUACGCUUGAAAGUGUUGGUGACCAAUCAGAGUAUGUUAAUGCCAUUAAUUUGAUCCUUACUAGUAGUAUUCCUGCACUUGGGAGCCUUCUUUCACCAAUUUACUUCCAGUUCUUCUUAGACAAGCUUGCAUCAUCUCUUGGUCCACGCUUCUACCUCAACAUUUUCAAAUGCAAGCAAAUAUCAGAAACUGGAGCCCAACAAAUGUUGUUGGAUACUCAAGCAGUAAAGACAAUUCUUCUUGAGAUUCCUUCUCUUGGGCGACAGACGUCAGGAGCUGCUAGCUACUCAAAAUUUGUAAGCCGUGAGAUGAGCAAAGCUGAAGCACUCUUGAAGGUUAUAUUGUCUCCAGUUGAUUCAGUGGCCAAUACAUAUCGUGCGUUGUUGCCAGAGGGAACACCCUUGGAGUUUCAGCGGAUUCUGGAGCUUAAGGGCCUUAAAAAAGCCGACCAGCAAAGUAUACUGGACGACUUCAAUAAGCGUGGAUCAGGGAUUACACAACCUUCCAUUACUGCUACACCAGUAGUCCAGGCUACCCCCACUGCGCCUGUUGCUCCUGCUGCUCUCACAGUUGCAAAUCCCGCUUCAGUUGGAGUUAUUGCUUCUCGAGAGGAUGUGCUAACCAGAGCUGCUGCACUUGGACGAGGUGCAGCCACCACUGGAUUCAAGAGGUUCCUUGCACUGACAGAAGCUGCAAAAGACCGGAAGGAUGGUCCUUUUAGGAAGCUCUUCAAUGCAUGAGAAUCUGACAUAAUUGUUAUAUAUAUCAACCUUUUUGGUUAUUCUUUGUAACUAUCAAUCCUGUAUUUUCUGCUUUUUCAAUUAAGAAAGGAAACAAAUUUUGCUAA